CGUUUACUGAGUUUACCAUGUCUCAGCUUUAUUCUAAUCCUGGAGCUGUGCCUCCUGGUUUGGAAUACCUGACACAGAUUGACCAGAUAUUAAUUCAAAAAAUUGAGCUCCUUGAGGUCAUUGGUUUUGAGGCUAACCAGUAUGAGAUAAAGAACAGCAUGGGUCAGAAGAUCUACAAUGCCAAAGAAAUUAAUGAGUGCUGCGCACGUAAUUGCGAUGGUGCUCUGCGCAGCUUUGAACUGAAGAUUAAAGAUAAUAUGGAUCAAGAAGUGAUGCAUUUGAUCAGGCCCUUCCGCUGUAUUUCCUGCUGUUGCCCCUGUUGUCUUCAAGAGAUGGAGGUGCAGGCUCCACCAGGCAAUACAAUCGGCUACAUCAGUCAAGACUGGAACAUAUUUAAGCCCAAAUUCUCCAUCUAUGACAUGUCCGAAACAAAAGUGCUGUCCAUUGAGGGGCCUUCAUUUGCCGCCAUCUGCUGUGGGGAUGUGGAUUUUGAAGUUCAAGGCAAGGAUGGACAUCCUGUAGGUCGUAUCAGUAAACAGUGGAGUGGCCUGAUAAAAGAAGGACUGACUGAUAGUGAUCAUUUUGGCAUUAACUUUCCCAUGGACCUGGAUGUGAGGAUGAAAGCAGUUCUGAUGGGGGCAUGUUUCCUUAUAGACUACAUCUUUGAAGACACCAGUGGCUCUAUGCAACGAUGCUGUGUGUUUUUCUGAUAGUGAUGCAAAAAAGCACAAGAUUCAACUGCUUAAGAAUUUAAAUACAAUUUACAAAUUUACUCUAGUGUAUCUGUCUAGUGUGGUUAGCACGUAUGUAUUUAUGUAUUUAUAUUUUACAAAUGUGGUAACCCAGAGUUGUCACACAUU